GAGAAGAGGAGGAGGCAGGGCCCAAGGCCCAGGCCCGCCCAGGCCCCUCCCAACCCUUCUCCUGGCCUUGUCACCCCAGCCAAAAGGCAGACGGAGAGCAAGAGCAGCACAGAAUCCAGCAUUGGUCUCACGGCAGCCAGUUCGCCCGCCUGUCUGUCCUCGGAGUCAUGGAGAGAGCCAGUCUGAUCCAGAAGGCCAAGUUGGCCGAGCAGGCCGAACGCUAUGAGGACAUGGCAGCCUUCAUGAAGGGUGCCGUGGAGAAGGGUGAGGAACUCUCCUGCGAGGAGCGGAAUCUGCUCUCCGUGGCCUAUAAGAAUGUGGUGGGCGGCCAGAGAGCGGCCUGGAGAGUCCUGUCCAGCAUCGAGCAGAAAAGCAACGAGGAGGGGUCGGAGGAGAAGGGCCCCGAGGUGAAAGAGUACCGGGAGAAGGUAGAGACAGAGCUCCGCGGGGUGUGCGACACCGUGCUGGGCCUGCUGGACUCCCACCUCAUCAAAGAGGCCGGAGAGGCAGAAAGCCGCGUCUUCUACUUGAAGAUGAAGGGUGACUACUACCGCUAUCUGGCUGAGGUGGCCACUGGCGAUGACAAGAAGCGCAUCAUUGAUUCUGCCCGCUCAGCCUACCAAGAGGCCAUGGACAUCAGCAAGAAGGAGAUGCCGCCCACCAACCCCAUACGCCUGGGCCUGGCCCUGAACUUUUCUGUCUUCCACUACGAGAUAGCCAACAGCCCCGAGGAGGCCAUCUCACUGGCCAAGACCACCUUCGACGAGGCCAUGGCCGACCUGCACACCCUCAAUGAGGAAUCCUACAAGGACAGCACCCUCAUCAUGCAACUGCUGCGAGACAACCUGACGCUGUGGACAGCCGACAAUGCUGGGGAAGAGGGUGGAGAAGCUCCGGAGGAGCCCCAGAGCUGAAGCCGUCUGUUCCCUCCCUGCCCUGCCUUGCUCUCCAGUCCCCAGUCAGCAGAGAGGACUAAGACGGAGUGGGACCCGGCCCUUUCCCACCCCCUGAAUGUUCUGCCACACCCUGAAAGCCUCCUUGGAAGGGGUGCAGCCAGGCUGAGGCCACCAGGGGCUGGGGAUCCCACACUUCAUGCAGCUAUCUGGUGGGUGUUCCUAGCCCUGCCCACCCCUGCUCUCUGCACCCCGACUUCCUUACACCACUCCCGAACCUGCCCCUGCCUCCCCCCCCCACUCCUCCAUCUCGUACCUGUUGCUUCUAGAUCCUAGGAAUCGAGGAGGCUCCCACCCCUGUGGCUGGGACCUGGACUGAGGCAAGGGCUAUCUAUGUGUGUGCGUGCGACUGUGUGUGAGAGAGAAUGAGAAGAAACACAUGUUUGCUGGGUGUGACCAUGUUUCCUCUCAAUAAAGUUGCCCUGCGACA